GACAACACCAGUUGCAACAAGUCACAGAUGAUUUAUUGACGUGUAUCAUUUGCAUCCAUUUCCAGAAAAGAUACGUUGGACAAUAUCCGAGUCCUGUUGCGCGCAGCCUCACGCGUCGAGAGAAAGACCUGCCUCUUCCCCACGAGACCGCGCCUUUGCGACACAAACAGAAUCGACACGAAGCGGAACAUGUGGUGUAGUUACAUUGCUGUGAUCGCCUGAGCGUUGUAAUCGCAAAAGUGGGCCUCUCAAUAUCAGAUGUACUUCGAAAAGUGCCAGCACAAGCGGUAGUAAGGCGCUUCGAGUCGCGGAGUCAUCACCGUACAAGCCCGCCCUCAUGCCGCCUCUUGUAUCUGAGGAGCCGGGCGACGCAUCAGGCCUGGAUCAGGAGAUUGGAUCGGGCGAGAGCGAUAUCGAUCGUGAUGCGAAUGAAGAGCGCGCAGAGUCUCGUAAAUCAGUCGCGAAGAAAACCAUCCAAAAGGCGGAUAAUCAAGAUACUGAUUCUGCACAUGCACCCAACCCAGAGGAUAGUGCCUUGGGCGAACAAUUACAGCGAUCAGCUGAGGAAGAGGGAAGUGAAGACAGUGAGGCUGAAGAUUCUUCUGCACCGUCCGCGAAGACAAAGGACUCUACGAUGAAGGACGAGGACAAUGACGAAGAUGCAGAGGCAGAUGAGGACGACGAUGACCAGGAAGAGGAGGAUGAUACCAAAGCUGUCUCUGUUGAUGAUGACCACGACGCCGAAGCUGAGACUGAGGCUGACGUAGAUGCCGAUACAGAUUCAGAAGCCGAGCCCGAUGACGAUGAGCCCGCUCAGGAAGAUAACAGCGGCGACGAAGACAGCACUGAAGACACAGGAAGUGAGGAUAAGAGUAAAGCCUCCGGAUCUGAUGGCGAGAACUCAAGCUCGGAGUCAGAGAGCGAUGAGGCUGCGGAUGGAAACGAUACAAAUCAUACAGACAACGAAUGCAUGUUUUGUGACAAGACCCAUGAUAUGGCGUCUGGAGAUGUCGAUACACUUCUGGCUUGCUCGGGCUGUCGCAAACAUGCGCAUCUGCGAUGCAUUCAAGACAGAGAUGAGGUCGAAGAUGAUGGCAGUGGUGCGUGGCAGUGCCCUGACUGUGCCGAACAAGCAGCUCCAUCCGAAUCUCCAAAAGAACAAACUGCGAGGUCGAAGAAUUCAGCGCCGAGACUUGUUAGAGACUUGUUACCUGUCACUAGGGGUGUCCAGAAGCCUGGCUCACACUCGAUCUUCGCUCAGCCGCUGAUCCAAGAUGGUGAAGAUGGUGGACGCGCUCUCAGAAAGAGGAAAUCGCCCACUGCGGAACCUCCACUAACUGAGAAGCGACGCCGCAAGGCCACUCCUCGAGCACUAGAGGCCAUGUCGGUGGAAAGCAAAGCUGAGGCCGAAAAGGCAGUUGCUCACUCAACGAGAAGAGCAAGCCAGAAAUUCACCAACCCCCCCAAACCGGUUGCGCGGAUCUUGCAACAUCGCCCAUUCAACAAAGCACCACCGCACAAAUUCAUCCUCGCAUUCCACUUGGGACAACCGAAGAUAGAAGAAAUAUUAAGCAAACCUCCUCGCCCAGGAAAAAGAAAACCAGCAGCUAGAGAAAAGAAGAAGGCUCCCAAAAUACCUCCACCAGUCUAUCAACCUCCAGUGCCCAAAUUUCCUGCCUUACCGACCCACCACCUCAUUUUCCCUUCGGCCUUCACAGAUCGCGAAGCCGAGCUCAACGCCAAACCAUACGGAGGGAUUCUCACAGAAGCAGAGGCUGAUACAUCACGAUCAUUGCCACAGCUCAAAGAUCGUGAAAUCUUCGAAAUCGCUAGAAAAGAAGCAGAAGAAGAACGCCGAAAGACAUCUGCUGCAGCCGAGGCGCAGAUCAACGGGGACAAGGAGGGCACGACAAAGCCUAAUCGAACCGUAUCAGGACCACCGACCAAGAUCAAGUGUAUCCAGUUUGGCAAGUUUGUCAUUGACACCUUUUAUGCAGCGCCAUAUCCCGAAGAAUAUUCACAUGAGUCAAGGUUGUUCAUUUGUGAAUUCUGCCUGAAGUACCUACCUUCCGAAUUCGUCGCGUAUCGGCACAAAUUGAAAUGUUCUGCCAAACACCCUCCUGGGGACGAAAUUUACCGCGACGGUACCCUGUCGGUGUGGGAAGUGGACGGACGCAAGAAGACCGAAUACUGCCAAUGUCUUUGUCUAAUGGCGAAAAUGUUCCUUGGUUCGAAAACUCUCUACUACGACGUCGAGCCAUUCUUGUUCUACAUCUUGACAGAGUAUGACGAGUUCGGAUACCAUUUCGUUGGUUACUUCAGCAAGGAAAAGCGACCGGCGAGCCAGAACAAUGUUAGUUGUAUAUUGGUGAUGCCGAUACAUCAGCGCAAAGGAUAUGCGACAUUCUUGAUUGACUUUUCAUAUCUCCUGACUCGGAUCGAAGGUAAAGAGGGCUCGCCUGAGAAACCUCUGUCAGAUAUGGGUUUGACAGCAUACCGGUCGUACUGGGAUCUGACCAUGUCGCGUCAUCUUCUUGAAUUGGGUCUCAAACCUUUCAGCACGAAGACGCUUAUGGCCAGGACCGGCAUGACGGCAGAUGAUGUGAUUCAUUCCUUGGAAAGAUUGUACGCUUUCGUGAGAGACCCGGUGACCAAAACCUAUGCGGUGCGAUACGACAAGAAACUAUACGAACGCAUAGUCAAUGAAUUCGACUCCAAGAAGCAUCGCAGAUUACGACCCGAGGCCUUGAUAUGGACCCCAUAUGUCAUGGGUCGUAGCGAUCAAGCUACACUCGAUGCGCAGCAUUUGCAAGCUCUUGCUCCUCGUGACGAUAAUGAAGAAAUGGAAGGAGAUGAAGAUGAGAAAGGACCCAGCGAGGCGAUUUCUAAAGCUGGGAAAUCCCUUACCGAAAUGGACACGGAAGCGGACGCGCUUGAUUCUGGUCACAUAUCGCCCAAGUCGAGGACAAGAUCCAAAACAGUCGCAUCUCGACCUGCCUCAGUCGCAGAUAAAUCUGCAGGAUUCAAAGACGAUGCACUCAUCAAUGAUCAUGGUGCCGUCGCGCCAGGUCCACCCUCCACAACUGUCAUGAACGGUACCGUUUCUACUCAAGUUACGCAACCGGCACUCAAGGUCAAUGGCCUCAGCAUGGGGCUAGUAAAUGGAGAUGCCGUGAGCAGUGAGGACCCUACGGGCGCGGAUUCUGAUCCCAAAUCCCAGAACAAAGACGAUACCGGUAAUGAUCCAGCUGGAGAAGAGGCCAAAUCAGGAGCACAAGGUCGGAAGGCCGAAGAACCCGAGCCUCCUCUCACGGGGUACGCUUUGGCAUAUCGUACGCUUGCCAUCCCACCUACGCGGUUCCAGAUCGAUCCUCCCAUUCCGGCUGCCAUGUUGAGGCAACGAAGCACAAAGAAACGGAAUUUGACAGCUGCAUUCGGACGACCACAGCCCGGUGCCAAUUCGAAGGCGAAUACCACCGAGGCCACGCCUGCCGUUCCCGUACGAAGUUCGCCGCGCCACACUCAAACCGCGGCUAGUAUCAACGGUGGGGGAGCCACCAGCGGGGACACGGGCGCGGGAGGAGCCACUGUGACGAGAAUCCGCGUUGCGGGUCUUGACAAAGGCAAGGGCAAAGCAAACCUGUCUGUACCGAGUACCCCGAUCCGAAGAAGUGGUAGGAGAAGCGCUCUUGUGAACUCGGAAACGAUUGAAGUGUCGACUUCCUUGCCCAUUUCCGUCUCCCAGCCUGGGCCGAGUACGACUACGAGGAGCACUAGAGCCCGGGGUUCCAGAAAUGAAUCUACAACUGUUGAGAGUGAGAUUGGGGAUGUUAUUAUGGUUUCUCAUGCCCGUGCUCAUGCUCCUGUUCCUGCUCCCGCUCGUGCCGACGCUGAUGAGGAUGUUGAUGCGAAAGCCGACGAGGAUGUCGAUGCUGAAGCUGAUGAGGACGAGGAAGAAGAAGAGAAUGACAAUAAGAAGGAAGCUGGCGUCAUAGAAGCCGAAGAAGAAGACGAACAAGACGCCGAGGCCGAUUCCUCUAGUACCGGCGAUGAAGAGGACGAAAAUUCCGAAGAGGAUGCUUCCGUUGCCGAAGAAGAUGACGAAGAAUCUCAAGACGAUACCUCGGACGCUGUGAUACCGGAAGAUGAAGAGAGCGAUACAUCUGAAGAUGACGAUGCGGAUGCCGUUGUUGAUGAUGACGAUGACGAUGACGAGGAUGCAGAAGCUGAUGAGGAUGAAGAAGAAGAAGAAGAUGAUGAAGAGGAUGAGUAGAAAUGUCCCUCGAUGUCGCCGUGGUCAUCAAGGCACUUCUCGUCUUCAUCUUCACCUUUAUCGCUUCGGUUUCUCCUGCGGUUCUCCUAGAAUUCAUUAUUUGGGGGCGAUUUGAUUCUGCCUUGAUCGCUGGUCGCUUCCUCAAGAACGACACUACGACAACAGCCGACAUCAAAAGGUAUGAUGGAUCAUUUAACCUUGCGUGGAUGGGGAACGGAAAUCAGAAUUGAAGAAUGAACAAGUAUUAUUAUUGUGGUUUAUGAAUCCUUGGGGUGGGAGGGCGGCACAUUUUUGUCCUUUGAUUAUUCGCUAUCCGUGUUUUCUGAUCUCGCUCUCCAGAGGUAGAAGAAAACACAGACGAUGACUACCUACCCCCACACACAAGCUUCCUCCCUCACUAGUCUCUGAGGACUCUCGUACUUUCAUAUCAUGUACAGGGCACGCCAUUGUCGUCAAUGACCCCCCACCACUUGUCCCAAAGGCCUCUGCUGACCAACGUCACCUCGUCCACGGCCGUCUUUUGUUGAAGAUACUCACAGACCGCGUUGUCCGCGUCCCCUUCGGCGUCG